CACACUCCAUCCCACCCUCAGACUCGGUGCUCAAGUCGUGUGGUUUCUUCUUGAGUGCGGCGGGGUUGUUGCUGGUGGCCGAGGUGCUGUGUGUUGGCGGACGCUGCUGCCCCCGCCGCCGCUACCUCACCUUCCUCGCCGGCGUCAUCUUCAUCAUCUCAGGGCUGGCCAUGCUGCUCGGCGUGGUCAUCUACAUCGCCACACUCAAGGGAGAGGUUGGGGAAAAGCUGCGGCCUCGCUCCGCCUUCCAGCCGCCGCUCUUCACCUACACGUACGGCUGGUGCUUUCUGCUCCUGGUGGUGGCCUUCGUGAGCACUGAGCUGGCAGGCACUGCGGCAGUCUUCCUCUUCAUCUACCGCCAUAAGCGUGAAUGGAUGCAGAAAAGGCAGCAGCUGCCUUUGUCUUUGCCCAGCCCUCCCAGGCCACGGCAUGCACGUCAACCAACCAGGCAGCAGGUGCCGGUGUGCCUCCACAACCACGUCCCUCCGCGCCGAGUGGAGCACAACUCGGUCCCGCCCAGGAAUCGACACUCCCUCGGCGACCUGCCUUCGGCAGCCAACUGUGGCAAGCCCAUGGUGGCCCGCGGUGCCAGCCUUCCACCUUCCCUGGCGCGAAGUCCAUCCCUGGCCGUUGUCAGCGACCUGCCUGACCGUUGUGGCCCCCCUAACAGAGACAAUCCAUCACGGGGGUGCAACACUCUCCCCAGGGCCUCUCUUCCCCGCCCCUCAGCCCCAGUCAGUCAGCCCAGGGUGACGCCAGCCGGGAGAUGCGCGGCUUGCUGCCCCUGUUAUUCCUGUUGUUGUUGCUGUUGUUGGGGCGAUGGCCGCAACCCCUGGCCACCACCUUCCUAUCGGGGCCCAGCUUUGGCCCCCUCCCCAGCCUGUGACUGCCAACGCCCUGCCCCCGUCAAGAUCCCGCAGACCUGCCCGCGCUGCAGCCACGAGAGCCGCCAGCAGUACGGCCCAAGGGACCCUGUCCGUCGCCCACACACACCACACGUGUGAAAUAUAGCGAGGCUGCUGCAGUGAAUUGCCCUGCUGCUUCCAGGCGUCCCCCUCUCAGGAACACCCGAGCCCGCAAGAAACACAAGGCGCCGGUGGAGGUUCCCCACACGACGCAACAAUUGUACGCCAAUAAGACACACGUUCCUUUAUGAAAGUGGUUUCAGUCUCCCUUCAAUACUUUUCCAUUUUGGUGCUGAGUGACUCCACGCACUGUUGUUAUAAGAUUCCACUCCGAUGCUUAUACAAGAGAAACAAAAAAACAACGAGCUCUGUCACUGGGGGAAUGAGGUAUGGUGGAAUAUCUCUCAGCGAUACAAGGGCUGUUCACUCUCGUUCCGUAGCGAAAUCUUGCCGCGGCUAUGUGGCGUCAUCUAGACUCAAGACCAAGGUGGACACUGGACAGCUAUUGUAUAAUUGAGAGAUCUUGAAUAAGAUGAUAAAUGAAGCGUUGGACAAGUAACUCAAGAAAUACGGAUGAUGAAGAGAGAGAAAAGAAACGGAUGGAACGCGUGAGGAAGAUGAUGGCACUGAUUAGAUCACACUCUAAG